GUGAUUUGUUAUCGGCCCUUGUGUGUGAUUGACCAUGGACCCCGAUGACAUCCUCGACGACAUGUCGUUGUCUUCUGACGAUGAAAUGAUGGAGGACAUGAUCAACGAAAUGAAAGCCGAGGUGAAAGCUCCUCCACCACCUGCCCCCCGUCGCCAACCUCGCGCCACCACCGUCGUGCGGGCUGCGCCUUCCCAACCGGCGAUGCCAGACCUGAGUCAAAUGAUGUCGCAGAUGAUGCCCAUGAUGUCUCAAAUGUUCGGCAACGCCCCGUCGUCUUCGAGCGGCAGCAACCGCAUCACGCGGGCCAUGGAAGAUAUCGUGGCAGAUCAUGUCCCCGCAGCGGAGGUCGCAUCGUGGGUCGAAACCAUUCGCCGCGACGAAGCAAGACAAAAACACGUGCCUCGAUCCAACCACAGUCGCGCGUAUCGCCCCACUGUCGCCGCCACCCCCACCGCGCACCUCGACGCCUCCACGUUGCUGCAGGAGCUGCUGCUACCCGCCGUCCGCGCUGCCAAGUGCGGGCCGUCCCCACGAUGGGAGAAGGAGCAUCUGACCAUCCAUCGACAGCUGCAAGCGCAAGGCGUCGGCGACAUCUACGCCCAGGACCUCCGCGCUAACCUCCGCCAACGCGCCGUCCACUCUUCCGACUUCACCGCCACCCCCACUCGCUUCCCCAACCUCACGUCCAUCGUGUCGUCGUAAACUAGGUCUACAAAUGUUAAUCGACGCGAAACGCUUUUAUUAAAAUGUUUUCGUAAUUCUAUAUAUACUCCAA